AUGCAGUGCGUAGGGACGGCCGCCCAGCCCGACGAAAACAUGAACGGAGCGGGGGAGCAGGUGGACAUCCUGCCCCCCAACUGCCUGGUAAAGGACCGAUGGAAAGUGGUGAGUUUGUCUUUAUCUUCAGAGACAUUUUGACCAUGUAAUUGACUCUCAGCUGAGUGACUGGUGAAAUAAUUAAGUAAUUGAUUAAAAUGAAACACAUAAUGCCAGAGUUGAGAAUCCCUGAUUUAGAAUGUUCCUUACCCUAAUGAGAACUAGCCUGAUCACAGAUCUGUUGGUGCUGUCAUGCCAAAUGCUACGGUCAUUGUUAGGCGUGACAGUGACCAUAAGAGUUGGCAAAACAACACAAACAGAUCUGGGAUCAGGCUAGUUAAGAACUAGCAUUUUCAAAAUGUUCACUUCAAAGAACAGGCAGCAAACAGUAAGAAGCAGGCAUCCGCAAUCCUCACUUUUCUACUGUGUUUAUUCCACCCUUGUCUCUCCUCUGCCACCAUUCCCAGCUGAAGAAGAUCGGCGGGGGAGGUUUCGGAGAGAUCUACGAGGCGUUGGACCUGCUGACCAGGGAGAAUGUGGCUCUCAAGGUAGAGUCAGCCCAGCAGCCUAAACAGGUCCUCAAGAUGGAGGUGGCCGUCCUCAAGAAACUGCAAGGUAAGGGCCUGUGUGGUUUAGCAGUAACACACACACACACACACACACGUUCAGCUGUGUGUCUGUGUGGUUAAGUGGUAACGCCACUAAUAGAAGCAUGUAUUAGAACCCCGAAGGUUGUGGGUUCAAUCCCUGCGACCGCCUUUGCCACUUUCUCUCCUCCUGCACCAUAUAUCGCCCUUUGUGAUGAAAUUCCACUCUCCUGUUAUGAAAAACAAACUGCAAGGUAAGGGCAGGGCAGGCAGAUACCGGGGGCGGAUAGGGUUCACUAAGGACAUGAUCAAUCAAUGACAACAUCACCUUGUACAUGAAUAAGCAUGGCAAGGUUAAUUAAGUUGUCUGGCUAUGGUGUGAUGUGACGUAACAUCUGUCUGUCUAGCCAUUUGAUUAGUGUGAUUGGCAAGGUUGUAGGUGUGGUGAUUGUUUGUUCUGUUCUGUGAUUUGAUGAGUUAGGUAGUCAAUCAGUUGACAUGUCUGCUGCACUGGGGUUUAUACUUCUUUGUGCAAAAUUAUAUUUUGGCAUUGAGUGUUUCACAUCGUCGAUCUCUUAGGCAGUAUUUAUUUUGGGGAAUUUCUGUGUCUGUCAGCUUUGCUUGUUCUGGUCUGUAGUCCCAAAAACAGAUACAAAAAUGUCACUGCUAGCAGGGAGGAUGGCUAAUGAGCAUUAAACUGUGUGUGUGUGUGUCUGUCUGGCUGGCUAGCUGCUUGUGUUAGUGAGCACCCUUCUUUAAAUGGCUUGGGAAAUGCCCUGAAAAUGUCCUCUGGCUACUAUUAUUUGAAUGCAACUCAACCUGAAAGUAUACGGUCGUUGGAAAUUACUUGAAGUUAGCAUGCCCUAAUGUUAUUGUAUGACUAAAUCUAGGGACUCCCUGACUGUUAAUAUGUGUGUUUGAUUCUUGGAUAAAUGCCUAAUUCAGAUACCACAUUCUAAAUAUUAGGUCCAAGGAAAGCAAUCUGAUCCCAAUCCUUUUAACAAUAACCACAUUUCCAUCCACAGUUUUUAUGUGAGUAAUACCAUAUAAAAAAAAACUAUCGGUAGAGUUGAAAAUGCAAUGGAAAUACAUUGACAUUUAUAUUUUUAUUCGGUACAUGAAAACUUAAGCGAAAAAGUAAAUUUUGUAUGCACUAUGUAAUCACGCACGGAUUGUUAUCCGCAACAAGUCAGUUUGGUGGAAACAUACCACUGGUGGGAAAAUGCACAUUUUCUUUAUGCAGAUUUUUGAAUAUUUGCACAAUCGACAUCGCCAAUUGGAUGGAACCCUAACUAAUGAUGCAAAAUGUUAUGGGGUUAUUAGGGUUGGUCUAACAUGUACAUGCAUUCGGAAAGUAUUCAGACGCCUUGACUUUUUCCACAUUUUAUUACGUUACAGCCUUAUUCUAAAAUUAAUUAAAUGGUUUUUUAACCUCGUCAAUCUACACACAAUACCCCAUAAUGUCAAAGCGAAAACAGGUUUUUAGACAUUUUUGCAAAUGUAUUGCAAAUAAAAAACAGAAAUACCUUAUUUACAUAAGUAUUCAGACCCUUUGCUAUGAGACUCGAAAUUGAGCUCAGGUGCAUCCUGUUUCCAUUGAUCAUCCUUUAGAUGUUUCUACAACUUGAUUGGAGUCCACCUGUGGUAAAUUAAAUUGAAUGGACAUGAUUUGGAAAGGCACACACCUGUCUAUAUAAGGUCCCACAGUUGACAGUGCAUGUCAGACCAAAAACCAAGCCAUGAGGUGGAAGGAAUUGUCCAUAGAGCUCCGAGACAAGGCACAGAUCUGGGGAAGGGUACCAAAACAUUUCUGCAGCAUUGAAGGUCCCCAAGAACACAGUGGCCUCCAUUAUUCUUAAAUGGAAGAAGUUUGGAACCUUCAAGGCUCUUCCUAGAUCUGGCCGCCCGGCAAACUGAGCGAUCGGGGGAGAAGGGCCUUGGUCAGGGAGGUGACCAAGAACCCGAUGGUCACUCUGGCAGAGCUCCAGAGUUGUUCUGUGGAGAUGGGAGAACCUUCCAGAAGGACAACUAUCUCUGCAGCACUCCAUCAAUCAGGCCUUUAUGGUAGAGUGGCCAGACGGAAGCCACUCCUCAGUAAAAGGCACAUGACAGCCCGCUUGGAGUUUGCCAAAAGGCACCUAAAGGUCACUCAGACCAUGAGAAACAACAUUCUCUGGUCUGAUGAAACCAAAAUUGAACUCUUUGGUCUGAAUGCCAAGUGUCACGUCUGGAGGAAACCUGGCACCAUCCCUACGGUGAAUCAAGCCUUUAUGGUAGAGUGGCCAGAUCGAAGCCACUCCUCAGUAAAAGGCACAUGACAGCCCGCUUGGAGUUUGCCAAAAGGCACCUAAAGGACUCUCAGACCAUGAGAAACAACAUUCUCUGGUCUGAUGAAACCAAGAUUGAACUCUUUGGCCUGAAUGCCAAGUGUCACGUCUGGAGGAAACCUGGCACCAUCCCUACGGUGAAGCAUGGUGGUGGCAGCAUCAUGCUGUGGGGAUGUUUUUCAGUGGCAGGGACUGGGAGACUAGUUAGGAUCGAGGGAAAGAUGAAUGGAGCAAAGUACAGAGAGAUCCUUGAUGAAAACCUGCUUCAGGACCUCAGACUUCCAACAGGACAACGACCGUCAGCACACAGCCAAGACAACGCAGGAGUGUCUUCGGGACAAGUCUCUGAAUGUCUUUGAGUGGCCCAACCAGAGCCCAGACUUGAACCCGGUCGAAAAUCUCUGGAGAGACCUGAAAAUAGCUGUGCAGCGACGCUCCCCAUCCAACCUGACAGAGCUUAAGAGGUUCUGCAGAGAAGAAUGGGAGAAACUCCCCAAAUACAGAAGUGCCAAGCUUAUAGCGUCAUACCCGAGAAGACUUGAGGCUGUACUCGCUGCCAAAGGUGCUUCAACAAAGUAGUGAGUAAAGGGUCUGAAUACUUAUGUAAAUGUAUAAUUUUUCAUUUUUUUAAUUUUUUUAAUACAUUUGCAAAAAUGUCUAACAUACUGUUUUUGCUUUGUCAUCAUUGAGUAUUGUGUGUAGAUUGAUGAGGAUAAAUGUUUUUAAAAUCCAUUUUAGAAUAAGGCUGUAACGUAACAAAAUGUGGAAAAGUCAAAGGGUCUGAAUACUUUCCGAAUGCACUGUAUGUACAGUGGGGGAAAAAAUAUUUAGUCAGCCACCAAUUGUGCAAGUUCUCCCACUUAAAAAGAUGAGAGAGGCCUGUAAUUUUCAUCAUAGGUACACGUCAACUAUGACAGACAAAUCACAUUGUAGGAUUUUUUAUGAAUUUAUUUGCAAAUUAUGGUGGAAAAUAAGUAUUUGGUCACCUACAAACAAGCAAGAUUUCUGGCUCUCACAGACCUGUAACUUCUUCUUUAAGAGGCUCCUCUGUCCUCCACUCGUUACCUGUAUUAAUGACACCUGUUUGAACUUGUUAUCAGUAUAAAAGACACCUGUCCACAACCUCAAACAGUCACACUCCAAACUCCACUAUGGCCAAGACCAAAGAGCUGUCAAAGGACACCAGAAACAAAAUUGUAGACCUGCACCAGGCUGGGAAGACUGAAUCUGCAAUAGGUAAGCAGCUUGGUUUGAAGAAAUCAACUGUGGGAGCAAUUAUUAGGAAAUGGAAGACAUACAAGACCACUGAUAAUCUCCCUCGAUCUGGGGCUCCACGCAAGAUCUCACCCCGUGGGGUCAAAAUGAUCACAAGAACGGUGAGCAAAAAUCCCAGAACCACACGGGGGGACCUAGUGAAUGACCUGCAGAGAGCUGGGACCAAAGUAACAAAGCCUACCAUCAGUAACACACUACGCCGCCAGGGACUCAAAUCCUGCAGUGCCAGACGUGUCCCCCUGCUUAAGCCAGUACAUGUCCAGGCCCGUCUGAAGUUUGCUAGAGUGCAUUUGGAUGAUCCAGAAGAGGAUUGGGAGAAUGUCAUAUGGUCAGAUGAAACCAAAAUAGAACUUUUUGGUAAAAACUCAACUCGUCGUGUUUGGAGGACAAAGAAUGCUGAGUUGCAUCCAAAGAACACCAUACCUACUGUGAAGCAUGGGGGUGGAAACAUCAUGCUUUGGGGCUGUUUUUCUGCAAAGGAACCAGGACGACUGAUCCGUGUAAAGGAAAUAAUUAAUUGGGCCAUGUAUCGUGAGAUUUUGAGUGAAAACCUCCUUCCAUCAGCAAGGGCAUUGAAGAUGAAACGUGGCUGGGUCUUUCAGCAUGACAAUAAUCCCAAACACACCGCCCGGGCAAUGAAGGAGUGGCUUCGUAAGAAGCAUUUCAAGGUCCUGGAGUGGCCUAGCCAGUCUCCAGAUCUCAACCCCAUAGAAAAUCUUUGGAGGGAGUUGAAAGUCCGUGUUGCCCAGCGACAGCCCCAAAACAUCACUGCUCUAGAGGAGAUCUGCAUGGAGGAAUGGGCCAAAAUACCAGCAACAGUGUGUGAAAACCUUGUGAAGACUUACAGAAAACGUUUGACCUGUGUCAUUGCCAACAAAGGGUAUAUAACAAAGUAUUGAGAAACUUUUGUUAUUAACCAAAUACUUAUUUUCCACCAUAAUUAGCAAAUAAAUUCAUAAAAAAUCCUACAAUGUGAUUUUCUGGAUUUUGUUUUCUCAUUUUGUCUGUCAUAGUUGACGUGUACCUAUGAUGAAAAUUACAGGCCUUUCUCAUCUUUUUAAGUGGUAGAACUUGCACAAUUGGUGGCUGACUAAAUACUUUUUUCCCCACUGUAUGUGUAUGUACUGUAUGUGUGUCUUUCGGAGGGGUUGGGUUAAAGAGGAAGUAACAUUUUGGUUGGACCUUUUGUGCAAUUGACCAAUAAAGUAAUCUUAAUCUUAAACAUCCAACUGAAUCAGUUGUUUAACUGUGAUGGUACAAGUAGAUUCAUAGAUAGCUCAUUUUAUAUUGACUGUAUAAUAACAUUUACACAAACCUCUCAAUUCUUUCACAGGAAAAAAUCAUGUAUGUAAAUUCAUCGGAUGUGGAAGGAACGAGAAGUUUAACUAUGUGGUCAUGCAACUUCAGGUAACCAUUUAUCAAAACAGUCUGAUACAAUUGCUUUAGGUAGAGAGAAUCCUAGCCAAGGCUACAACUAAGUAGAAAAAAAUGAAUGAAAAAUCUCUCUCCGUCUAUCUCCCCGCUCUCCCUCUCUUCAUCCCCCCUCUCCCUCCCCCUGUCUUGUCUCAACUCUCCCUACCCUCCCUCUGACCCCUCCCUCUCUCUCCCCCCACCCUCUACCCAUCUCCCUCUCUCUCCCUCCACCUUCCCCUUCUUUCCCUCCCCCUUCUCUCCCCCCCAGCAGGGGAGAAACCUAGCGGACCUGAGGAGGAGUCAACCUCGUGGCACCUUCACCAUGAGCACCACGCUACGCCUGGGCAAACAGAUCCUGGAGUCCAUAGAGGCAAUCCACUCUGUGGGCUUCCUGCACAGAGACAUCAAGCCUGUAGGUGGCCCUCUCUGUAGCACUUUACCUAAAGCCUGCAGGUAUAAGGCAUUAUGAUGUGUGGUUAUAAUGCAUUGUAAGACUUAUAAACAGAUCCUUGAGUAGUCAAUAGUAGUCCAUCCACUCUGUGAGUUUCCUGCACAGAGACAUCAAGCCUGUAGGUGGCACUUUACAUGUCAGAUAGAAAGGGGUGGGUGAUAGAAAGAGAACAGUUGUGUGAUAGAGGGGUGAGAGAAAGAAAUUGAGAAACCUAUCCAACCAAAAACAUAGAGACCCAGAAAACCUGAGCCUGCGCCUUCACUAUGUUGAAUCACAAAACAAUACAGAAAUACACUACGGAAAAAGAAGGAACAGCACGUCAGAAAUCAGCUCAAUGUAAUUGAAGAAUCCAUAGACUCUAACCACUUCUGGCAAAAUUGGAAAACACUAAAUAAACAACAACACAAAGAGUUAUCUAUCCAAAACUGAGAUGUAUGGGUAAACCACUUCUCUAAUCUUUUUGGCCCUAUAACAAAGAAUAAACAGCAAAAACAUAUACAUGAUCAAAUACAAAUCUUAGAAUCAACUAUUAAAGACUACCAGAACCCACUGGAUUCUCCAAUCACAUUGAAUGAACUACAGGACAAAAUACAAACCCUCCAACCCAAAAAGGCCUGUGGUGUUGAUCGUAUCCUACAUUUUACAUUUUAGUCAUUUAGCAGACGCUCUUAUCCAGAGCGAGUUACAGUUAGUGAGUGCAUACAUUUUUCAUACUCAAUGAAAUGAUAAAAUAUACAGACCACAAAUUCCAAUUGGCUAUACUUAAACUCUUUAACAUCAUCCUUAGCUCUGGCAUCUUCCCCAAUAUUUGAAACCAAGGACUGAUCACCCCAAUCCACAAAAGUGGAGACAAAUUUGACCCCAAUAACUACCGUGGGAUAUGCGUCAACAGCAACCUUGGGAAAAUCCUCUGCAUUAUCAUUAACAGCAGACUUGUACAUUUCCUCAGUGAAAACAAUGUACUGAGCAAAUGUCAAAUAGUUUUUUUUAACCAAAUUACCGUACGACAGACCAUGUAUUCACCCUGCACACCCUAAUUGACAAACAAACAAACCAAAACAAAGGCAAAGUCUUCUCAUGCUUUGUUGAUUUCAAAAAAGCUUUUGGGAAAAACACCAAAUUAAGAUUCUGCAUGAAAAAAUAUCCUCUGUGUACAAUGUAAAACACCAAAUAAUGCAUGCAGAGCAGAAUUAUCAAAAUCCAGAAAAGAGCCAUUAAAUCCUACAACCACCUAAAAUGAAACUAUUCCCAAACUUUCCAUAACAAAGCCAUCACCUACAGAGAGAUGAACCUGGGGAAGAGUCCCCUAAGCAAGCUGGUCCUGGGGCUCUGUUCACAAACACAAACAGACCCCACAGAGCCCCAGGACAGCAACACAAUUAGACCCAACCAAAUAAUGAGAAAACAAAAAGAUAAUUACUUGACACAUUGGAAAGAAUUAACAAAAAAACUGAGCAAACUAGAAUGCUAUUUAGCCCUAAACAGAGAGUACAGAGUAGCAGAAUACCUGACCACUGUGACUGACCCAAACUUACGGAAAGCUUUGACUACAGUACCAGUUAAAAGUUUGGACACACCUACUCAUUCAAGGGUUUUUCUUUAUUUUUACUAUUUUCUACAUUGUAGAAUAAUAGUGAAGACAUCAAAACUAUGAAAUAACACAUAUGGAAUCAUGUGGUAAACAAAAAAGUGUUAAACAAAUCAAAAUAUAUCUUAUAUUUGAGAUUCUUCAAAUAGCCACCCUUUGCCUUGAUGACAGCUUUGCACACUCUUGUCAUUCUCUCAACCAGCUUCACCUAGAAUGCUUUUCCAACAGUCUUGAAUGAGUUCCCACAUAUGCUGAGCACUUGUUGGCUGCUUUUCCUUCACUCUGCAGUCCGACUCAACCCAAACCAUCUCAAUUUGGUUGAGGUCGGGGGAUUGUGGAGGCCAGACCAUCUGAUGCGACACUCCAUCACUCUCCUUCUUGGUAAAAUAGCCCUUACACAGCCGGGAGGUGUGUUGGGUCAUUGUCCUGUUGAAAAACAAAUGAUAGUCCCACUAAACCCAAACCAGAUGGGAUGGCAUAUCGCUUCAGAAUGCUGUGGUAGCCAUGCUGGUUAAGUGUGCCUAGAAUUCUAAAUAAAUCACAGACAGUGUCACCAGCAAAGCACCCCCACACCAUAACACCCCCUCCUCCAUGCUUUACGGUGGGAACUACACAUGCGGAGAUCAUCCGUUCACCCACACUGCGUCUCACAAAGACAUGACGGUUGGAACCAAAAAUCUCCAAUUUGGACUCCAGACCAAAGGACACAUUUCCACCAGUCUAAUGUACAGUUGAAGUCAGAAGUUUACAUACACUUAGGUUGGAGUCAUUAAAACUCGUUUUUCAACCACUCCACAAAUUUCUUGUUAACAAACUAUAGUUUUGGCAAGUCGGUUGCAUGACACAAGUAAUUUUUCAAACAAUUGUUUACAGACAGAUUAUUUCACUUAUAAUUCACUGUAUCACAAUUCCAGUGGGUCAGAAGUUUACAUGCGCUAAGUUGACUGUGCCUUUAAACAGCUUGGAAAAUUCCAGAAAAUGAUGUCAUGGCUUUAGAAGCUUCUGAUAGGCUAAUUGACAUCAUUUGAGUCAAUUGGAGGUGUACCUGUGGAUGUAUUUCAAGGCCUACCUUCAAACUCAGUGCCUCUUUGCUUGACAUCAUGGGAAAAUCAAAAGAAAUCAGCCAAGACCUCAGAUAAUUUUUUUUUGUAGACCUCCACAAGUCUGGUUCAUCCUUGGGAGCAAUUUCCAAACGGCUGAAGGUACUGCGUUCAUCUGUACAAACAAUAGUACGCAAGUAUAAACACCAUGGGACCACGCAGCCGUCAUACCGCUCAGGAAGGAGACACUUUCUGUCUCCUAGAGAUGAACGUACUUUGGUGCGAAAAGUGCAAAUCAAUCCCAGAACAACAGCAAAGGACCUUGUGAAGACGCUGGAGGAAACAGGUACAAAAGUAUCUAUAUCCAUAGUAAAACAAGUCCUAUAUCGACAUAACCUGAAAGGCUGCUCAGCAAGGAAGAGGCCACUGCUCCAAAACCGCCAUAAAAAAGCCAGACUACGGUUUGCAACUGCACAUGGGGACAAAGAUCGUACUUUUUGGAGAAAUGUCCUCUGGUCUGAUGAAACAAAAAUAGAACUGUUUGGCCAUAAUCACCAUCGUUAUGUUUGGAGGAAAAAGGGGGGGCUUACAAGACGAAGAACACCAUCCCAACCGUGAAGCACGGGCGUGGCAUCAUCAUGCUGUGGGGGUGCUUUGCUGCAGGAGGGACUGGUGCACUUCACAACAUAGAUGGCAUCAUGAGGAAGGAAAAUGAUGUGGAUAUAUUGAAGCAACAUGUCAAGACAUCAGUCAGGAUGUUAAAGCUUGGUCGCAAAUGGUCUUCCAAAUGGACAAUGACCCCAAGCAUACUUCCAAAGUUGUGGCAAAAUGGCUUAAGGACAACAAAGUCAAGGUAUUGGAGUGGCCAUCACAAAGCCCUGACCUCAAUCCUAUAGAAAAUGUGUGGGCAGAACUGAAAAAGUGUGUGCGAGUAUGGAGGCUUGCAAACCUGACUCAGUUACACCAGCUCUGUCAGGAGGAACGGGCGAAAAUUCACCCAACUUAUUGUGGGAAGCUUGUGGAAGGCUACCCGAAAUGUUUGACCCAAGUUAAACAAUUAAAAGCAAUGCUACCAAAUACUAAUUGAGUGUAUGUAAACGUCUGACCCACUGGGAAUGUGAUGAAAGAAAUAAAAGCAGAAAAUAAAUAAUUAUCUCUACUAUUAUUCUGACAUUUCACAUUCUUAAAAUAAAGUGGUGAUCCUAACUGACCUAAGACAGGGAAUUUUUACUAGGAUUAAAUGUCAGGAAUUGUGAAAAACAGUUUAAAUAUAUUUGGCUAAGGUGUAUGUAAACUUCCGACUUCAACUGUACAUUGCUCGUGUUUCUUGGCCCAAGCAGGUCUCUUCUUCUUAUUGGUGUCCUUUAGUAGUGGUUUCUUUGCAGCAAUUCAACCACGAAGGCCAGAUUCACACAGUCCCCUCUGAACAGUUGAUGUUGAGAUGUGUCUGUGACUUGAACUCUGAGAAGCAUUUUUGUGGGCUGCAAUUUCUGAGGCUGGUAACUCUAAUGAACUUAUCCUCUAAAGCCGAGGUAACUUUGGGUCUUCCAUUCCUGUGGUGGUCCUCAUGAGAGCCAGUUUCAUCAUAGCGCUUGAUGGUUUUUGCGACUGCACUUGAAGAAACUUUCAAAGUUCUUGAAAUGUUCCAUAUUGACUGACCUUCAUGUCUUAAAGUAAUGAUGGACUGUUGUUUCUCUUUGCUUAUUUGAGCUGUUCUUGCCAUAAUAUGGACUUGGUCUUUUACCAAAUAGGGCUAUCUUCUGUAUACCCCACCUACCUUUUCACAACACAACUGAUUGGCUCCAACGCAUUAAUUCCACAAAUUAACUUUUAACAAGGCACACCUAUUAAUUCAAAUGCAUUCUAGGUGACUUCCUCAUGAAGCUGGUUGAGAGAAUGCCAAGAGUAUGCAAAGCUGUCAUCAAGGCAAAGGGUGGCUAUUUGAAGAAUCUCAAAUGUAAAAUAUAUUUUGAUUUGUUUAACACUUUUUUAGUUACUACAUUAUUCCAUAUGUGUUAUUUCAUAGUUUUAAUGUCUUCACUAUUAUUCUACAAUGUAAAAAUAAAGAAAAACAAUAGAAUGAGUAGGUGUGUCCAAACUUUUGACCGGUUGUGUAUGUACAGACUCAGUGAGCAUAGCCUUGAUAUUGAGAAAUGCCGCCAUAGGCAGACCUGGCUCUCAAGACAAGACAGGCUAUGUGCAUACUGCCCACAUGAGGUGGAAACCGAGCUGCACUUCCUAACCUCCUGCCAAAUGUAUGACCAUAAUAGAGACACAUAUUUCCCUGAGAUUACACAGAUCCACAAAGAAUUAGAAAACAAACCCAAUUUCUCUAUUUGGUGAAAUACCACAGUGUGCCAUCACAGCAGCAUGAUUUUUGACUUGUUGCCACAAGAAAAGUGCAACCAGUGAAGAACAAACACCAUUGUUUAUUUAUUUUCCCUUUUGUACUUUAACUAUUUGCACAUAUGACAUUUGAAGUGUCUUUAUUAUUUUGGAACUUUUGUGAGUGUAAUGUUUGCUGUUGUUUUUUCCCCAGUCAAACUUUGCCAUGGGUCGACUCCCCUCCACCUAUAGAAAGUGCUUUAUGUUAGACUUUGGCCUAGCUCGCCAGUACACCAACACUACCGGAGAGGUCCGACCGGUAAGUAGCCGUGGAAGGAUUUUGUUCAUUUCAUUUAUAAUGUUAUGUUAAUAUUUAAACCCAUUGAAUCAUUCUAGCAAGAAUAUAGGACAUGGGGUAUACAGUGUGCUAUUUUGGUGUUGAGUUAGGAGGGUUAGUGCACACAACCUGGGGGUAGUGGCAAUGGGUUUCUCGCACUGGAAAUGCUUUGUCCUCAGGGCACUUUGGGUAGGAGAAUAGGAAAGGACAGGGCAUGUGCCUUUUUGUGAUGUGAUUAUGAUAUGAUAUAUAGUUGGCUAGCCUGAUACAGGCUGAUGUAGAGUUGGCUAGCCUGGAAUAGGCUGAUGUAGAGUUGGCUAGCCUGGAAUAGGUUGAUAUAGAGUUGGCUAGCCUGAUAUAGGCUGAUGGAGAGUUGGCUAGCCUGAUAUAGGCUGAUAUAGAGUUGGCUAGCCUGAUAUAGGCUGAUGGAGAGUUGGCUAGCCUGAUAUAGGCUGAUGGAGAGUUGGCUAGCCUGAUAUAGGUUGAUGGAGAGUUGGCUAGCCUGAUAUAGGCUGAUGGAGAGUUGGCUAGCCUGAUAUAGAGUUGGCUAGCCUGAUACAGGCUGAUGGAGAGUUGGCUAGCCUGAUAUAGGCUGAUAUAGAGUUGGCUAGCCUGAUAUAGGCUGAUGGAGAGUUGGCUAACCUGAUACAGGCUGAAGUAGAGUUGGCUAGCCUGAUAUAGGCUGAUAUCAAGUUGGCUAGCCUGAUAUAGGCUGAUGGAGAGUUGGCUAGCCUGAUAUAGGUUGAUGGAGAGUUGGCUAGCCUGAUAUAUGCUGAUGGAGAGUUGGCUAGCCUGAUAUAGAGUUGGCUAGCCUGAUACAGGCUGAUGGAGAGUUGGCUAGCCUGAUAUAGGCUGAUAUAGAGUUGGCUAGCCUGAUAUAGGCUGAUGGAGAGUUGGCUAACCUGAUACAGGCUGAAGUAGAGUUGGCUAGCCUGAUAUAGGCUGAUAUAAAGUUGGCUAGCCUGAUAUAGGCUGAUGGAGAGUUGGCUAGCCUGAUACAGGCUGAUGGAGAGUUGGCUAGCCUGAUACAGGCUGAUAUAGAGUUGGCUAGCCUGAUAUAGGUUGAUGGAGAGUUGGCUAGCCUGAUAUAGGUUGAUGGAGAGUUGGCUAGCCUGAUAUAGGCUGAUAUAGAGUUGGCUAGCCUGAUAUAGGCUGAUAUAGAGUUGGCUAGCCUGAUACAGGCUGAUGGAGAGUUGGCUAGCCUGAUACAGGCUGAUGUAGAGUUAGCUAGCCUGAUAUAGGCUGAUAUAGAGUUGGCUAGCCUGAAAUAGGCUGAUGGGGAGUUGGCUAGCCUGAUAUAGGCUGAUGGAGAGUUGGCUAGCCUGAUACAGGCUGAUAUAGAGUUGGCUAGCCUGAUAUAGGUUGAUGGAGAGUUGGCUAGCCUGAUAUAGGUUGAUGGAGAGUUGGCUAGCCUGAUAUAGGCUGAUAUAGAGUUGGCUAGCCUGAUAUAGGCUGAUGUAGAGUUGGCUAGCCUGAUACAGGCUGAUGUAGAGUUGGCUAGCCUGAUAUAGUCUGAUGUAGAGUUUGGCUAGCCUGAUAUAGGCUUAUGGAGAGUUGGCUAGCCUGAUACAGGUUGAUGUAGAGUUGGCUAGUCAUGUCAAGUUUAUUUGUCAUAUGCACAGGAUACACCUGGUAUACAGUACAAUGCAAUGCUUACUUGCAGGUUCACUCUUGGCAAUGCUACAUAAUAAGAAGAAUAACAAUGAAUAAUGAAAUAGGCUGAUAUAGAGUUGGCUAGCCUGAUAUAGGCUGAUGGAGAGGUUGAUGUAGAGUUGGCUAGCCUGAUAUAGGCUGAUGGAGAGUUGGCUAGCUUGAUAUAGGUUGAUGGAGUGUUGGCUAGCCUGAUAUAGGCUGAUGGAGAGUUAGCUAGCCUGAUAUAGUCUGAUGGAAAGUUGGCUAGCCUGGGCCACAGUGGAGAUUCUUUCUGCUUUUCUUCUUGCUGACAGCCUCCACUCAUCGAUUAGAAGGGCAGGCCUGUACUGCAAAUUUAGAACAGCAACUAGACCAUACACACACACACACACACACAUACACAUACACCCACACACUGUUGUAAAUUCUAACAUGCAGUUUCUAAGGAAAUAUUCCUGGGACUACCUGCUGGAUGGAAUGGGUGUUAUUAUCAAGGUCAAAACUGUCAUCCUCCACUCUUGAGCCAAAAUGGUGAUGCAGAAUGUCACAGGAAGAUGAUACAUUUAAACGAUGCCUUAUGCUUUGUAAAUGCAUUAGUUCAUAGUUUGUUACUGUAAAUUACUACAACAUUGUUUCAUAUAUUAUGUUCACAGAGUGUUGAUGUUAAAACUUUUACAGUUGUUAUGCUGCAAUGUGAGGCUGUCCUUUUUUCACCUGUGUGAUUUUAUGUUUUGCAGUUUUGCUGUUCCUUUUUGGCCUUUUCUGUUCGAAGCGCAUGCUUGUGAUCCGUCUCAUCAGUAAGGUGCUUGAUCCCAUUUCAGUUUUUAUUAUCUCUCCCUGCCUGAGAUAUUUUCCAUAUCCUUCCUCAUCUCUUUUUAGGUUUUAAUUUAAGUACUUUAUUUCCAUCUAUCAUUUUCUUUCUAGUUGUCUGUGUGAAAUUCUGUUUCAGGUUUCGUGCUGAAAAGAUAACUUAUCUCAUUUUAUUUUCCAGCCCAGAACUGUGGCAGGAUUUCGGGGCACUGUUCGUUAUGCGUCAGUAAAUGCUCAUAAAAACAAAGUAAGUGUCUUUUUGGGGUGAAAAAUGCAAUGCACUACAAAUAAAUUUUGACCUGAGUGUUUUGUUUAACAUCAGUUUGUCAGGAAAUCAAAAAUAGCUGUUGCAGAUGUACUUCAGGAAUUCUAAUAUUUCAUGAAAAUAAUAAAUUGAUUAAUUCAUUCUUUAACUUCUCAGGAAAUGGGUCGCCAUGACGAUCUAUGGUCGCUGUUUUACAUGUUGGUAGAGUUUGCAGUCGGUCAGCUACCAUGGCGAAAAAUAAAAGAUAAGGUGAGCUAUUGUCUAUUGUUGCAGUUUCAGUUAUUUCCAAUAUUUCUUCAUCCUGGUCCAGGGGACCAAAGGGGUGCAUAUUGUAAGUUUUGCCCUAGCACUACACACCUGAUUUCGACUAAUCAACUCAUCAUCAAAUCUUUGUGGAAUCGUGUGUAGUGCUACGGCAAAAACAAAAAUCCUCCUUUGGGUCCCCAGGAACAGGAUUAAGAAACCCUGCAGUAGAGAAUGGUUACUGGUGUCUACUGGUGUCUGCUGGGCUCAACUGGUUUCUAAUGGUUCCUACUGUAUCUUCUGUGUGUCACCAGGAGCAAGUGGGUCAGAUUAAGGAGCGCUACGACCACAGAAUGCUGCUCAAACACAUGCCUUCUGAGUUUCAUAUUUUCCUGGAUCAUGUUUUAGGCCUUGACUACUUUACCAAACCAGAUUACCAGGUACGUACUGUUCACUCCCUGCAAGUGGAUUCACCUUGUUUAUCCCCACUGAACCUUGCUUUUCUUGCAUUCACUUCAAUAGCAGAGUGAACCUGGAAGUGUGGCAAUGUGAGACUAACUCCCAUACCAUACCUGCUCUCUCAAUGUUCAGUAAUAAAACUACAGUAUGUAGAAACUAAACAAAAGUAAAUAACUUUUAGUACUUCAAGUAAAGCCUAUUAUUUUAUAGCAUUGUAUGUUUGAUUGAAUUCCACCUUUAUACCUUACUUUUUACAUUUACCCCCUUUUCUCUGUGAUCCUCUAUGCAGUUGCUGAUGUCGGUCUUUGAGAACAGUAUGAAGGAACGCAUCAUCACAGAGAACGAGUCUUUUGAUUGGGAGAAGGGAGGGACGGAUGGAGUGCCUCUGUCCACCUGCACGUCAACGCCCCCUCAACAGAACACACGACAGACCCCCGCCAUGGUCGGGUAAGGGAAUCAAAGUUAGCUAUUUAGGUUUAUUACAAACGCAUCAAAAUGAAGAUGAACAGUUUAUCCACUACUUAUCAACAAGAUUAAACAGCAGAAAGCAGAAUGGAAUUCAAAGGGGAUCACACUUCAAAACAUUUAGGAAACAUCAAUAUUAAAUAUUAAAACAUCCAGCUAACCAAGAGAUAGUACAAUUCCCAUUAUGUAGCCUAAUUUACAUACAAAAUCAGGAACAAAUAGUCCAAUGCUGGGUUGUGGUAAUUCAUUUAGGAUUAGAAUGCAACUGUGAGAAUUUGUAGCACACUGUUUGCAUUUGAAGUGAUACAGGAUAUUUUCAACAACACAAAUGUAUUUAAUCGCCUGGUCAUUUUGUAAAAGAGAAUGUGUUCUCAAUAACUUACCUGGUUAAAUAAAGGCAAUCAAUAAAUACAUAGUACAAAUAUCAGUGUAUGUUCUGUGCUUUCCCAGGGUGGUGAACGUGACUCUGAUUCCUGGGGAGCUGCCGAGGGAGAACACAGAUGACGUUCUACAAGAUGACCACCUGAGUGACCGGGAGAAUGCUCCACCUGCAGUACCUAGCAGGCCUUGCGAGGGGACACUACCCAAGGCGGAAGGCGAGGCAUGGAACGACACCGACUUCAACCGCAACCAACUUAGGAUGAGCAUCAGCAAGGUAUAGGAGGGACCAUCUAAUACGUCCUCUGUGUAUCUCACUUUGGUGAUGGCAGCACUGUAAAACAUGGUCUUACAUUCUUUAAAUAUAUUCAAACAUAAAACGUUGGAAAUAAAUUGUUGGUUUUCAAUUACCAUCUAUUACGUUCAGAGGAUACAGACAUACAGUGGGGGAAAAAAGUAUUUAGUCAGCCACCAAUUGUGCAAGUUCUCCCACUUAAAAAGAUGAGAGAGGCCUGUCAUUUUCAUCAUAGGUACACGUCAACUAUGACAGACAAAAAUGAGAAAAGAAAAUCCAGAAAAUCACAUUGUAGGAUUUUUUAUGAAUUUAUUUGCAAAUUAUGGUGGAAAAUAAGUAUUUGGUCACCUACAAACAAGCAAGAUUUCUGGCUCUCACAGACCUGUAACUUCUUCUUUAAGAGGCUCCUCUGUCCUCCACUCGUUACCUGUAUUAAUGGCACCUGUUUGAACUUGUUAUCAGUAUAAAAGACACCUGUCCACAACCUCAAACAGUCACACUCCAAACUCCACUAUGGCCAAGACCAAAGAGCUGUCAAAGGACACCAGAAACAAAAUUGUAGACCUGCACCAGGCUGGGAAGACUGAAUCUGCAAUAGGUAAGCAGCUUGGUUUGAAGAAAUCAACUGUGGGAGCAAUUAUUAGGAAAUGGAAGACAUACAAGACCACUGAUAAUCUCCCUCGAUCUGGGGCUCCACGCAAGAUCUCACCCCGUGGGGUCAAAAUGAUCACAAGAAUGGUGAGCAAAAAUCCCAGAACCACACGGGGGGACCUAGUGAAUGACCUGCAGAGAGCUGGGACCAAAGUAACAAAGCCUACCAUCAGUAACACACUACGCUGCCAGGGACUCAAAUCCUGCAGUGCCAGACGUGUCCCCCUGCUUAAGCCAGUACAUGUCCAGGCCCGUCUGAAGUUUGCUAGAGUGCAUUUGGAUGAUCCAGAAGAGGAUUGGGAGAAUGUCAUAUGGUCAGAUGAAACCAAAAUAGAACUUUUUGGUAAAAACUCAACUCGUCGUGUUUGGAGGACAAAGAAUGCUGAGUUGCAUCCAAAGAACACCAUACCUACUGUGAAGCAUGGGGGUGGAAACAUCAUGCUUUGGGGCUGUUUUUCUGCAAAGGGACCAGGACGACUGAUCCGUGUAAAGGAAAGAAUGAAUGGGGCCAUGUAUCGUGAGAUUUUGAGUGAAAACCUCCUUCCAUCAGCAAGGGCAUUGAAGAUGAAACGUGGCUGGGUCUUUCAGCAUGACAAUGAUCCCAAACACACCGCCCGGGCAACGAAGGAGUGGCUUCGUAAGAAGCAUUUCAAGGUCCUGGAGUGGCUUAGCCAGUCUCCAGAUCUCAACCCCAUAGAAAAUCUUUGGAGGGAGUUGAAAGUCCGUGUUGCCCAGCGACAGCCCCAAAACAUCACUGCUCUAGAGGAGAUCUGCAUGGAGGAAUGGGCCAAAAUACCAGCAACAGUGUGUGAAAACUUUGUGAAGAAUUACAGAAAACAUGUGACCUGUGUCAUUGCCAACAAAGGGUAUAUAACAAAGUAUUGAGAAACUUUUGUUAUUGACCAAAUACUUAUUUUCCACCAUAAUUUGCAAAUAAAUUCAUAAAAAAUCCUACAAUGUGAUUUUCUGGAUAGAAAAAAAUCUCAUUUUGUCUGUCAUAGUUGAUGUGUACCUAUGAUGAAAAUUACAGGCCUCUCUCAUCUUUUUAAGUGGGAGAACUUGCACAAUUGGUGGCUGACUAAAUACUUUUUUUCCCCACUGUACCUGGUUGUAGAUAGAGCAGGAGAUAUAUUUCAGGUACUGUUUACCAUGAAUUUACAGUGCUCAAACAUGGUAAAGUAAAUAGUAGCUCAUUUACAGUACAAUUCAAGCUGCUAUAUACCUGUAAUACUUAUUUGAAAUUAGUCAACACAAUAGGUCUAACUCUUGACAGUGGUUUCUAACAGUGGUAACCCUAGAAACCCUCAUUCCCCCAGGGGCAGUUGGCUGCGGAGGAGGAGCCUACUAGAGGGGUGUGUCCUGAGGCCCCUGUGGGUGGAGCUCCCACAGAAAUGACUGGUGCUCAGGUCUGCGCUCUGCGGUACCGGAGGAUCAACAGCCCAGAGUCAGACCGUCUGUCCGCCGCAGACGGGAGACCAGACGUCUACGACAAACGAGGGUGAGGGCUCUAUACAGUGCAGACAAGUUAAUACACUGUUGUGCAGAUGUAUACUUUAUGUACACAACACAUGCAUGAAAUAGAUUUUAUAAAGCUAUUUUUGCAUCAGCACCAGCCUAAAACCCCAAAGAGCAAGCAAUGCAGAGGCAGAAACACAGUGGCUAGGAAAAACUCCCUAGAAAGCAGGAACCUAGGAAGAAACCUAGAGAGGAACCAGGCACAGAGGGGUGGCCAGUCCUCUUCUUGCUGUACCGGGUGGAGAUUUAAGAGUACAUGUGGCCAUUAAGGCCAUACAUUCAAACGUAGAUGACCAGAAGUGUCAGAUAGUAACCAUGAUGGCUAUAGAGUAGCCAUGUUCAACAGGCGGACCGUGGUCAGGAUCCCAGAACGGGGUCAAUACGGACCGCAGGUCCCUACACAGAAAGAAAGGAAGAGAGAUAGAGCGGGAUUAAUGGGAGCAUGCGUUAGAUCACAGUACACCAGAUUGCAGCAUAACUACUGGGGACUGAGACAUGUGGGUUGGGAGACACUGUGGCCCCGUCCAACAAGCAAGGAGUUAACCCCACCCACACUGUCAAAGCUCAGCCCCACACCACUUAACACUAGAACUGCCUGACCUUUCAGCCUAUAAGUACCCACUAGAGAACGUUGCCGGGCUUCCUCUUUAGCAUAUGAAUCAGAUGCAUAUAAACCCGCAAGAUGCAGCAAACAUAAGCACCAACGCUUGAUAAAUAGUGCAUAAACUAUUAUAAAGGAUUAAUUGCAUGAAGAAAUAUUUGUGGAAAUACAGUUCAUUCGGAAAGUAUUCAGACCCCUUGACUUUUUCCACAUUUUGUUACGUUACAGCUUUAUUCUAAAAUUGAUUAAAUUGUUUUUAUCCCUCAUCAAUCUACACACAAUAGCCCAUAAUGACAAAGCAAAAACAGGUAAAAUAAAAUAAAAAUACUGAAAUUUUACAUUUACAUAAGUAUUCAGACCAUUUACUCAGUACUUUGUUGAAGCAACUAUGGCAGUGAUUACAGCCUCGAGUCUUCUUGGGUAUGACACUACAAGCUUGGCACAUCUGUAUUUGGGGAGUUUCUCCCAUUCUUCUCUGCAGAUCCUCUCUGUCAGGUUCGAUCGGGUUCAAGUCCGGGCUCUGGCUGGGCCACUCAAGGACAUUCAGAGACUUGUCCCGAAGCCACUCCUGCGUUGUCUUGGCUGUGUGCUUAGGGUCGUUGUCCUUUUGGAAGGUGAACCUUCACCCUAGUCUGAGGUCCUGAGCGAUCUGGAGCAGGUUUUCCUCAAGGAUCUCUCUGUACUUUGCUCCGUUCAUCUUUCCCUCGAUCCUAACUAGUCUCCCAGUCUCUGCCGCUGAAAAACUUCCCCACAGCAUGAUGCUGCCACCACCAUGCGUCACAGUAGGGAUGGUGCCUGGUUUCUUUCAGACGUGACGCUUGGCAUUCAAUAUUGGUUUCAUCAGACCAGAGAAUCUUGUUUCUCAUGGUCUGACAGUUCUUUAGAUGCCUUUUGGCAAACUCCAAGCGGGCUGUCAUGUGCCUUUUACUGAGGAGUGGCUUCCGUCUGGCCACUCUACCAUAAAGUGCUGCAGAGAUGGUUGUCCUUCUGGAAUGUUAUCCCAUCUCCACAGAGGAACUCUGGAGCUCUGUCAGAGUGACCAUCGGAUUCUUGGUCACCUCCCUGACCAAGGCCCUUCUCCCCCAAUUGCUCAGUUUGACCAGGCAGCCAGCUCUAGGAAGAGUCUUGGUGGUUCCAAACUUCUUCCAUUUAAGAAUGAUGGAGGACUCUGUGUUCUUGGGGACCUUCAAUGCUGCAGACAUUUUUUGGUACCCUUCCCCAGUUCUGUGCCUCGACACAAUCCUGUCUCGGAGCUCAACAGACAAUUCCUUCGACCUCAUGGCUUGGUUUUUGCUCUGACAUUCACUGUCAACUGUGGGACCUUAUAUAGUGUGUGUGCCUUUCCAAAUCAUGUCCAAUCAAUUGAAUAUACCACAGGUGGACUCCAAUCAAGUUAUAGAAAUAUCUCUCAUUUUAUUAUGUUACUAGUUUUUGCUUAGUAGCCAGAGCAAUGGUGUCACGCAAGUGGUCAUGUGCUGAAUGCAUGGACAACAUGGAUAUUCUUGGAAAAAGUUAAAUUAAGAAAUAGAGCUUCACCUCUUCAAUUAUGAGAGUUAUUUGACAAAGGUAAGUGUAAUAGAAACUGCAGAAUAUGCUCUUUCAGAUACUAUAUAGAAAUCACAAUGUUAUACCUGCAUGUGGUUGAAGUCGGUGUCCUUCCACGCCUCGCCUUCCGCCUUGGGUAGUGUCCCUCCCACGGGGGGCCAGUAUGAAAAAUGUAUGCACUCACUAACUGUAAGUCGCUCUGGAUAAGAGCGUCUGCUAAAUGACUCAAAUGUAAAAUGUAAAUGAGGAGGAUUUGAUAAAGUGAUGCUCCUUUCCAUGCAUCUGUAAAUUACAAAAUGCACCCAUCUCUUCAUGUACAAUUUGACUGAUAGGCCUAAUAUUGUCACUCAUCAGAUUAUUGUCAAUUUAAUCUUGUCUAUAGGCUAACUCGUAUUAUGUGUGAAAUUAGUUUAGGUGUAGUUUCGAUGGGCCGGCUGUGCAGGCUGACUGGCAUCGUUUGUUUCCCGCUCAUCAAGUUGGAAAGAGUCAAGGAUAUGUUUUGCAUUAUUCUGAAGGCCUACUGCAACACAUAGAAUGUUUUCAUUUCCCUUACAAUAAAUUUGAAUAGGCAUAGAGUUACAGUAAAUAAAACAAUCCUGUAGUAGCUUAUUUUUAUAAAGUAAAACGUAAAAAAUAAUGGUAUCAACCCGCAAGGCGCGCGGUCAAAUUAUUAACAUGAGCGCCAACACUUUUACUGAUACAUAUUACUGAUAAAUAGGCAUAACACAAACUCAUCAUUACAAUAUUGUCUUUCUAAAUUUAAUCAACCUCUUCACCCUCCUUAUCAUUCAGUUAGGCCUAAUUUAAAUUCAAUUGUGAAAUAAGGUGCACAAGUAUCGGCCAUUCAUCCAUUUGUCAUUCAUUCAGUGAGGAGAGAGAGAGUCGCAUUAGCGCCUGGCUGGGUACCAACGUCCCACAGCACAUUGUCUUGGCGGGUUACGUUAGGAAUAGGUGUGAAAAAAAACAGGUAAAAAUGCUCUAAAUACUUUUCUGUUUGUGAUUUCAAAAUUCUGACAAUUGAGCAGUGUAAAAAUACAAACAUUUAGGAAAAGUCAGGGAAGGAGCAGGACAUAGCUUUUUUUUGGGCUGAUUCUUUUAUUUAUUUACACACAUUGAAAACGCAUUAAAUCACAACACACAGUCAAAUGUACAAUUUUGGACAAUGAUUCUUUGUCUCCCCACCAGGUCUCGUAUGGACAUCCUGGGAUCCCCUUCCCGCUACGUGCACUCCUCCCAGCCGGCCCAGAUGCACUCCCUGGAGGAAGGAGGUGGGGACCGGCAGGGUGGCGGUGGGAGACCAGGCCAGGAGGUCUCCGUAGCCUCCGCGGCCGACCCCGAGGCCCACAGUAACGCCUUCAUCCGGUCUGUACCACUUGCAGAGGAGGAAGACUUUGACAGCAAGGAGUGGGUGAUCAUUGACAAGGAGACUGAGCUCCAGGACUUCCUGGGUCUCCUGGGCCCGGGGGCCGAGCCUACCACCUCGGGUCCCACCACCGACGAGGAGGCCGAGGAGCUGAGGCCCCUGGAGGAACUGGAGGAGCGGAGGAGGUUACGGGGAGCUGGAGGUGGAGAGGUGGUGGUGAGGCCUAAGAUGCGAGUAGGAGGCAUAGGGGCACUUCCGGAUGGGGAGGGGUCUAAUGGGGCUAGUCCUGGACACUCUGGUUAUCACACUCUGCCUCAUAGCCAUGGACACAGACCACGGCCACAGUCGGAGCACUUUGGAGCUCACGGACAGGUAAGAGCAAGGGACUGCGGGGUAGAGAAUUGGUGUGUGUCUUGGUGUGUGAGUGUGUUUAUCUGGGUUGGGGUCCAUUUGAACUGAAUUGAAAUUCUAAUUAAAUUUAAAUGUACUAGGCCACCUGUCUGUCUUCGUCUGCAUCUGUGUUUGUCUUUCUGCGGGUAUACAGUACCAGUCAAAAGUUUGGACACACCUAUUCAUUCCAGGGUUUUUCUUUACAUUGUAGAAUAAUAGUGAAGACAUCUAAACUAUGAAAUAACACAUAUGGAAUCAUGUAGUAACCCAAAAAGUGUUAAACAAAUCAAAAUAUAUUUUAUAUUUGAGAUUCUUCAAAGUAGCCACCCUUUGCCUUGAUGACAACUUGGCACACUCUUGGCAUUCUCUCAACCAGCUUCAUGAGGUAGUCACCCGGAAUGCAUUUGAAUUAACAGGUGUGCCUUGUUAAAAGUUAAUUUGUGGAAUUCCUUUCCUUCUUAAUGCAUUUAAGCCAAUCAGUUGUGUUGUGACAAGGUAGGGGUGGUAAACAGAAGAUAGCCCUAUUUGGUAAAAGACCAAGUCCAUAUUAUGGUAAGAACAGCUCAAAUAAGCAAAGCGAAACGACAGUACAUCAUUACUUUAAGACAUGAAGGUCAGUCAAUACGGAACAUUUCAAGAACUAAAGUUUCUUCAAGUGCAGUCGCAAAAACCAGCGCUAUGAUGAAACUGGCUCUCAUGAGGACCGCCACAGGAAAGGAAGACCCAGAGUUACCUCUGCUGCAGAGGAUGUUAAUUAGAGUUAACUGCACCUCAGAUUGCAGCCCAAAUAAAUGCUUCACAGAGUUCAAGUAACAGACACAUCUCAGCAUCAAUUGUUCAGUGGAGACUGCGUGAAUCAGGCCUUCAUGGUCGAAUUGCUGCAAAGAAACCACUACUAAAGGACACCAAUAAGAAGAAGAGACUUGCUUGGGCCAAGAAACACGAGCAAUGGACAUUAGACCGGUGGAAAUCUGUCCUUUGGUCUGAUGAGUCCAAAUUUGAGAUUUUUGGUCCCAACAGCCGUGUCUUUGUGAGACAGAGUAGGUGAGUGGAUGAUCUCUGCAUGUGUGGUCCCACCGUGAAGCAUGGAGGAGGAGGUGUGAUGGGGUGCUUUGCUGGUGACACUGUCUGUGAUUUAUUUAGAAUUCAAGGCAAACUUAACCAGCAUGGCUACCACAGCAUCUGGUUUGCGCUUAGUGGGACUAUCAUUUGUUUUUCAACAGGACAAUGACCCAACACACCUGUAAGGGCUAUUUGACCAAGAAGGAGAGUGAUGGAGUGCUGCAUCAGAUGACCUGGCCUCCACAAUCACCCGACCUCAACCCAAUUGAGAUGGUUUGGGAUGAGUUGGUGUGAUGAGGUUUGAAUGAAGGAGUCAGGCGCAGGAGGUAAAACACCAAAGGCCAGAGUUUAUUCCGUUCAUAUAAAUAAAACGUACCCAGCGUCAAAACGAAACUAACAAGGGAAAAUAAUCCACCUUGACAAAAACACAUGGAAGAGUAGCUCAACCGAGCUACUCGCUCUCACAAUAAACAAUCACUCACAAAGACAAGGGGAACAGAGGGAACACUUAUACACAUACUAAGUAGGGGAAUGAGCACCAGGUGUGUGUGUGUGAUUGACAAGACAAGACAUGACAAGUGGAGUGAUGAGAAUGGAAUCGGCAGUAGCUAGUAAGCCGGUGACAACGAACGCCGAAACCUGCCCAAACAAGGAGGGGAGGCAGCGUCGGCGGAAGUCGUGACAGUACCCCCCCCUUGACGCGCGGCUCCAGCAGUGCGCCGACCCCAGCCUCAGGGACGGCCAGGAGGACACGGAGCAGGGCGAGUCGGAUGGCGACGGUGGAAAUCCCUCAACAGGGAGGGAUCGAGGAUGUCCCUCCUUGGGACCCAGCACCGUUCCUCUGGACCGUACCCCUCCCACUCCACGAGAUACUGAAGGCCCCCCACCCGACGCCUCGAAUCCAGUAUGGAACGGACCGAGUACGCCGGGGCCCUCUUGAUGUCCAGAGGAGGUGGAGGAACCUCCCGCACCUCAGACUCCUGGAGCGGACCAGCUACCACCGGCCUGAGGAGAGACACAUGAAACGAGGGGUUAAUACGGUAAUCAGGGGGGAGUAACAACCUGUAUGUAACCUCGUUUAUCCUCCUCAGGACUUUAAACGGCCCCACAAACCACGGGCUCAGCUUCCAGCAGGGAAGGCGAAGGGGUAGAUUCCAGGUCGAGAGCCAGACCUGAUCCCCGGUAUGAAAACCGGGGCCUCCCUGCGGUGGCGGUCAGCAUUCGCCUUCUGAUGACGCACGGCACGCUGGAGGCGAACGUGGGCAGCGUCCCAUGUCUCCUCCGUGCGCCGAAACCAGUCAUCCACUGCAGGAGCCUCGGUCUGGCUCUGGUGCCACGGUGCCAGGACCGGUUGUUAACCCAAAACACAUUGGAAAGGUGUUAGGUUAGUGGAGGAGUGGCAGAGAGAGUUCUGAGCAUAUUCUGCCCAUGGCAGGAACACCGACCACUCCCCCUGCCGGUCCUGACAGUAGGUCCGCAGGAACCUACCCACAUCUUCAUUCACCCUUUCCACCUGCCCAUUACUCUCGGGGUGAAAUCCAGAGGUCAGGUUGACCGAGACCCCCAUACGUUCCAUGAACGCCUUCCAGACUCUAGACGUGAACUGGGGACCUCGGUCGGACACUAUAUCCUCUGGUACCCUGUAGUGCCAGAAGAUGUGAGUAAACAGAGCCUCCGCAGUUUGUAGGGCCGUGGGGAGACCGGGCAGAGGAAGGAGGCGGCAGGACUUCGAAAAGCGAUCCACAACGACCAGGAUAGUGGUGUAACCUUGGAAGAGGGGAAGAUCAGUAAGAAAAUCAAUACUAAGGUGAGACCAUGGUCGUUGUGGAACUGGUAAAGGUUGUAGCUUACCCGCUGGGAGGUGCCUAGGUGCCUUACUCUGGGCGCACAGUGAGCAGGAGGAAACAUACACCCUCACGUCCUUAGCCAAGGUAGGCCACCAGUACUUCUCGGUUAGGCAGCGCAUUGUACGACCGAUACCUGGAUGACCAGAGGAGGGUGACAUGUGUGCCCAGUAGAUCAGACGAUCACGAAUAAACGCAGGUAUGUACUGCAGCCCAGCUGGACACUGCGGUGGAGAUGGAUCUGUGCGUAAUGCCUGCGCUAUAUCCGCGUCCAUCACCCAUACUACCGGCGCCACAAUGCAUGAGGCCGGGAGUAUGGGGGUGUUAUCUCUGGGCCUCUCCUCUGUGUCAUACAGCCAAGACAGUGCGUCUACCUUCACGUUCUUCGUACCCAGAAUGUAUGAGAGUGUGAAAUCAAACCGGGUGAAGAAGAGGGCCCACCUGGCCUGGCGAGGAUUCAGCCUCCUUGCUGCCCGAAUGUACUCCAGGUUACGGUGGUCUGUCCAGAUGAGGAAAGGGUGUUUCGCCCCUUCGAGCCAAUGCCUCCACACCGUCAAAGCUCGGACAACAGCCAGCAGCUCCCGAUCACCAACGCCGUAGUUCUACUCUUCCGAGCUGAGCUUCUUCGAAAAGAAGGCACAGGGGCGGAGCUUGGGUGGCGUGCCUGAGCGUUGGGAUAAGACAGCGCCUAUCCCUACCUCAGACGCAUCCACCUCCACUACGAACGGUAGUGAUGGAUCGGGGUGGGCCAGUACCGGGGCUGAGGUGAACAGACCCCGCAAUCUACUGAAAGCCAAAUCAGCCUCAGCAGACCAGCGGAGCCAGGACGGCCCACCCUUCAACAAGGAGGUAAUGGGAGCUGCGACCUUGCCAAAGCCCCGAAUAAACCUCCGAUAGUAGUUGGCAAAGCCAAGGAAGCGCUGCACCUCCUUCACCGUGGUUGGAGUCGGCCAAUUACGCACGGCAGAAAUGCGAUCUCCCUCCAUCUCCACACCUGUGGUAGUAAUGUGGUAUCCGAGGAAGGAGAUUGACUGCUGGAAAAACUCACACUUCUCUGCCUUGGCAUAAAGAUCAUUUUCCAGCAGUCGGACCAGUACCUUGCGAACCAGGGACACAUGCUCGGCGCGCGUAGCGGAAUACACCAGGAUGUCAUCGAUGUAGACCACCACCCCGCAACCAAGCAUGUCCCGAAACACUUUGUUCACAAAGGACUGGAAAACGGAUGGAGCAUUCAACAAACCAUCUUUCUUUUUCACAAAGAAGAAACUCGAGGAAGCAGGUGAAGCGGAGGGACGUAUAUACCCCUGGCAAAGGGACUCGGUGCCGUAUGUUUCCAUAGCCUCCGUUUCAGCCUGCGACAGGGGAUACACAUGACUCCUGGGAGGUACAGCGUCUACCCGAAGGUUUAUCGUGCAAUCCCCCUCCCGAUGAGGUGGUAAUUUAGUCGCUUGCGUCUUGGAAAUCGCGAGUGCCAGAUCAUGGUAUUCGGGGGGAAUGCGCACAGUGGGGGUACCGUCUGGACUUUCCACCGUGGUCGCACCAACGGAAACACCUAGACACCUACCCGGACACUCACGCGACCACUCCGUAAGAACCCUCUGCGGCCAUGAAAAAUUGGGUUGUGAAGGGCUAACCACGGAAUACCUAAGACUACAGGGUAAGCAGGAGACUCAAUAAUCAAGAAAGUGAUCUGCUCAAAAUGUGUCUCCUGUGUAAUCAUGGUGACUGGUACAGUAACCUCCUUAACCAACCCGGACCCUAAUGGUCGACUAUCAAGUGCUCUGAUGGGGAGUGGAAUGGAUAGGGGAACCAAUGAAAUGCCUUGAUGGCGUGCAAAUGCCCUGUCCAUAAAGUUCCCAGCUGCGUCUGAAUCGACUAGCGCCUUACACUGGGAAACUACCAGGUGAUCGGGAAAGGAGAUCGAUAAGGUACAGUGUGCCGCAAAGGGCUCUGAACAAGUUUGGGUGUUCGUUACCUGGGGUGAUGCGUGAGUACUCUGCCUACCGCCUCCAGCCCCAAAGGAACGUUGACUGAGACAUGAGGUGGAUUGUCUCUUCGUGCCACCAGAGUUCUCUCGACCGGCGGAUCCCCCCAGCACCAUCUGCUCGGGGUCAGAGUCGUCCUGAGUGGGAACGGGCAGACCCCUACCAGGACGUCCUCUGGCUGCUAGCAGAUUGUCCAGCCGGAUGGCCAUGUCCACCAGUUGGGAGAACGAUAGCAUGGCAUCAUGGCAGGCUAGCUCCCGUCGGACGUCCUCCCUUAGGUGGCACCGUAAAUGGUUGAUCAGGGCCCGCUCGUUCAACCCGGACCCCGCAGCCAGCGUCCGGAACUCAAGCGCGUAGUCCUGUGCGGUCCUCGUCCCCUGCCUCAGAUGGACCAGUCGUUCGCCCGAAAACGGCCUGAAAGAGGCGAGCAAACUCCCCGGGAUAUCUGGAUCCCUCCAGGGGCUGGGGUGUAGGUGGCUGGAUCCGGUUGACCAGCUGGUCUUGAUAGAUCGGGUCCUCUCCUCUCCAGGCGUUCUACUACCUGAAGAACCCGAUCCAUCGCUUACCCCAAGCUGGCCAGCAUCGAGGAAUGCUCCUGGACCCUUGCCACAACUCCUGGCAUGCGGUCUUCUCCUGCUGACUCCAUUCAGCAGAGUGAGUGAUUCUGAGAUUAGGUGUGAAUGAAGGAGUCAGGCGCAGGAGGUAAAACAUAGAAGUCCAGAGUUUAUUCCGUUCACAUAAAUAAAACGCACCCAGCGUCAAAACGAAACUAACAAGGGAAAAUAAUCCACCUUUGCAAAACCACAUAGAAGAGUAGCUCAACCGAGCUACUCGCUCUCAAAAUAAACAAUCACUCACAAAGACAAGGGGAACAGAGUGAACACUUAUACACAUACUAAUUUGCUCAUGUAAGUUGCUCUGGAUAAGAGCGUCUGCUAAAUGACUAAAAUGUAAAUGUAAUUAGGGGAAUGAGCACCAGGUGUGUGUGAUUGACAAGACAAGACAUGACAAGUGGAGUAAUUAGAAUGGGAUCGGCAGAAGCUAGUAAGCCGGUGACGACGAACGCCGAAACCUGCCCGAACAAGGAGGGGGAGGCAGCCUCGGCGGAAGUCGUGACAGUUGGACCGCAGAGUGAAGGAAAAGCAACCAACAAGUGCUCAGCAUAUGUGGGAACUCCUUCAAGACUGUUGGAAAAUCAUUCCAGGUGAAGCUGGUUGAGAGAAUGUCAAGAGUGUGCAAAGUUGUCAUCAAGGCAAAGGGUGGCUACUUUGAAGAAUCUAAAAUCUAAAAUAUACUUUCAUUUGUUAAACACUUUUUGGGUCACUACAUGAUUCCAUAUGUGUUAUUUCGUAGUUUUGAUGUCUUCACUAUUAUUCUACAAUGUAAAAAAUAGUAAAAAUAAAGAAAAACCCUUGAAUGAGUUCGUGUGUCCAAAUUUUUGACUGGUACUGUAUGUCUAUGUUAUCUUCGGCCGUGGGCCAUUUCCUGUUAUUUCCUGUGUCGACAAUGUAACUGGACACAAUUUGCAUGAAUGGUAUACUUAUUCUUAAUCUUCUCAGCCAUUGGUAGUUACUUUUUGAAGGUGAAGUUAUGUACACCCAGUGUUAAUUUGACCAAUUACUGUGCAUAGCUUACUGUAUUUUUGCUUAAUCUAUCCACUGACUAAAGCCUAUAAUUACCAAGCUGUCGUAAAGUCAAUGGAUAAUGUUUUAUUUAGACCGGUGGUAUUGUAUUUAAUAAGUCAUCCAGUGAGUGUAAGAGGACUGCAGAUUCCUAUCUCAUAUGAAGAUUGAAUUCCCUCCAUCCGGGAUACACAGCUGUGCAAAUGAAACGCACUUCAUGAAGCACAGCAGUGUGGAGGAACAGUUACAGUGCAUUCGGAAAGUAUUCAGACCCCUUGACUUUUUCCACAUAUUGUUACGUUACAGCCUUAUUCUAAAAUGGAUUCAAUAUUUUAUUUUUUUCAUCAAUCUACAUACAAUACCCCAUAAGGACAAAGCAAAAACUGGUUUUUGUAAAUAUCUGUAAAUGUAUAAAAAAUAAAAAACAUAAAUACCUUAGUAUUCAGACCCUUUGCUAUGAGACUCGAAAUUGAGCUCAGGUGCAUCCUGUUUCCAUUGAUCAUCCUUGAGAUGUUUCUCCGAGACAGGAUUGUGUCAAGGCACAGAUCUGGGGAAGGGUACUAAAACAUUUCUGCAGCAUUGAAGGUCCACAAGAACACAGUGGCCUCCAUCAUUCUUAAAUGGAAGAAGUUUGGAACCACCAAUACUCUUUCUAGAGCUGGCCGCCUGGCCAAACUGAGCAAUCGGGGGAGAAGGGCCUUGGUCAGGGAGGUGACCAAGAACCCGAUGGUCACUCUGACAGAGCUCCAGAGUUCCUCUGUGGAGUUGGGAGAAACUUCCAGAAGGACAACCAUCUCUGCAGCAUUCCACCAAUCAGGCCUUUAUGGUAGAGUGGCCAGAUGGAAGCCACUCCUCAGUAAAAGGCACAUGACAGCCUGCUUGGAGUUUGCCAAAAGGCACCUAAAGACUCUCAGACCAUGAGAAACAAGAUUCUCUGGUCUGAUGAAACCAAGAUUGAACUCUUUCGCCUGAAUGACAAGCGUCACGUCUGGAGGAAACCUGGCACCAUCCCUACUGUGAAGCAUGGUGGUGGCAGCAUCAUGCUGUGGGGAUGUUUUUCAGCGGCAGGGACUGGGAGACUAGUCAGGAUUGAGGGAAUGAUGAAUGGAGCAAAGUACAUAGAGAUCCUUGAUGAAAACCUGCUCCAGAGCGCUCAGGACCUCAGACUGGGGUGAAGGUUCACCUUCCAACAGGAACGACACUAAGCACACAGCCAAGACAACCCAGGAGUGGCUUCGGGACAAGUCUCUGAAUGUUCUUGAGUGGCCCAGCCAGAACCCGAUUGAACAUCUCUGGAGAGACCUGAAAAUAGCUGUGCAGCGACGCUCCCCAUCCAACCUGACAGAGCUUGAGAGGAUGUGCAGAGAAGAAUGGGAGAAACUCCCCAAAUACAGGUGUGCCAAGCUUGUACCACCAUACCCAAGAAGACUUGAGGCUGUAAUCGCUGCCAAAGGUGCUUCAACAAAGUACUGAGUAAAGGGUCUGAAUACUUAUGUAAAUGUUAUAUUUCAGUUUUUUCUUUUGAAUACAUUUGCAAAAAAUGCUAAAAACCUGUUGUUGCUUUGUCAUCAUGGGGUAUUGUGUGUAAAUUUAUGAGGAUUCUUAAAAAAAAAAUCAAUUUUAGAAUAAGGCUGUAACGUAACAAAAUGUGGAAAAAGUCAAGGGGUCUGAAUACUUAUAUCCGAAUGCACUGUAUUUGCAAUGAUUGAAUUCUGGCCAUAGUUUUAAUAACAUUAAUUUUGGCAGCUAUAGAUGUACGUCACUGAAAUGGGUGGCCUGAAAGUUCCUUGCAGUUUGAGUUUUUUAUUUAUUUAAUCAUGAUUGUCUCAUUGAUACAAAGAUCUCUUUUACAAGAGAGACCUGUUCAAGAUAGCAGCCAUUUCAACCAUUUUGUGCUGAUGAUGCAGGAUAAUGCUGUUGUGUGAAUACAUGUUCUGAUAGAAGAUAUGUUAUAGGUUAUGAUGGUAAACUGUUCCAGACAGUACACAAAAACUGUUUCACACAACAGGUAGGGAUAUGUUUCUCCUCUCUCUCCUCUCUCUCAGCGCCAAGUCAAUCUCCCCUCGGAAACCCCAUUAAAUAUCUUGCCAGAAAAACAUUGGCCUGUGCCUGCAUAUCCAUAUCCAGUGACAGUCAGCAAACACUGAAAUGCUUGAACAACAUCCCUUUUUAUCCAUUCAAAAUAAAACCCAACCCAAACGAUUGUGCUUAGGUCUCGUUUAAAGAGAUUGAAAAAAGAGAUCCCUCCCCUUAUAUUUCUGCUGUGUGUGCAUGUGUGUGUGGUGUGCUCACUGCAACAUGCACACAGACACACAGAGACCCAGACAUUCCCCUGCCAGCAGAGAUAGAGAAGAGACGGAGUCUUCUUGGCCACACCACCGCCUGAUGCCUUUCUCCUCCACUCUUAUUGGUCUUUUUCAGUUGGAGGAGGACAGGCCCCACCCCCACCACUCUUUCCAGAGGCCCAACCAAUUGAGGAGAUUGGCGUCGUACGUGUUCUCGUCCUCUACCCUGGAGACGGAGCAGUAUCCCCAUGGUAAUUCGGAAGCUGGGGCGUUGAUCCAGAGAAGCCGCUCCGCAGAGAGUAGCCCCGCCCGUCUCCCCUCGCGGCGCCACAUACCCCUGGUACCCGGCAGCCCCGGGGGGUCGCGACCCAGACACUCUGUCCUCAACCUGUCCCGACUCCAGAUACAACAGAUGCUGGCCAAACUAAUGAACAAGACGUGA